GAAGAAAAAACUUCUACUAAAAAAAUUAAAUACAAAAAAAAGCAUUUUAUUUAUUCUUUUACACUCCAAAUAAUAUGAUAUGUAAUUUUCAAGAAAAGCAUUACUCUUAAAAAGGUGAGGUUGUAUGUUAUUUUGCCCAUAUUCAAAAAGUGGUUGGUUUACUCAAAGAGAGGGAACUAGAAAGUUGAAGGACUCUGCCUUUGCAUGUAAAAUUUUCAAUCUUUCAAGAAUUCCACAUCUGAGCCAUGCCAUUAGGUUAUUAGCAGGUGAAUAUUAAAUUAAUAGACAACAACUGCCUUACUGCUAAUGCCGCAAGAUGCCUGCAAUUGACCCACCUGGAGAUGAAACUGCUGAGAAUGCUCCCAAUGUGCCUGCAAUCUUCCCAUCUGGUGAUGGAGAUACCGUCUUGAAUAGGUCCAAUGUAGCGUCUCGGCCACAAACUCCAGGGACUGCUCUCCACAUGCUUGCAAUCCACCACUCUCUCAAGUGGAGGAGGGAUUUCACUGGGCUCCGUCUAGCAUGUCAGCUGCAAACUCCGGCUGUUGCUAAUGCUGUAUCAUUUUCUGCUACAUCUGGUUUUCUCAACAUGCUUGCAUGCAACCGAGCUGAUAACAGAAGAAGGGGUUUGACUGAUGAGCAGCUGCCUUUACCAUCUCCAGCAGUGGUGUCUGCCCCUGAAGUCAAUAUACCAUCCCGGUUUGAGACUCCAACUUAUGCUCCGCCAUUUGCUUGCAACAUACCUGGUGAUGGGCUGGAGGUAUCAUCUAAUCGGUUUCAAGCCCUAGCAUUUUCUGAUCCGCCAGCUCUUUCAACUGUUGCUGGUGAUAACACUGGGAAUUUCAAUAGGGGCAGUGCAGAAGCUCCAGUGGACUUGGCUGUUGCAGGCGAUUCCAAUGGGGGCAGUUCAGUGUCUGACUUGCAAACUCCAGUUGCUGCUAAUGCUCCUGGUGAUCAAACCAGGGAUAAUGGGGGCAAUACUGCAGCAUCUAUUCCUAAUGUUGCUCCCAACAUGCCUGGAUCAAACGAUGAGGCAGCUGGUGCAUCAGCAGUCAUGAAUAGGCCACCUGCUCUUGUUGACAUGAUGCCAGGGCUCUCUCGCAGUUUCCCUCCCCCCCCGGCAACUCUACCGCCAUUUUCCUAUUUUACUUGGAGCGACCCUUGGAACAGAUUAGGAGGCUGGAAUGCUAAUGGAGACCCUCUAUCAAUUUACUUCGACUACGGGAUGAAUGAACCAUAUAGAAUGUCACAAAACAAUGAAAGAAACAGUAAUAGUGGAGGAGGUGCAGCAUCCCCUUCAGCACCAUUGAAUGUGAACGAGGAAAAUGGGGUACAGGUUGGAGGAGGUGCAGCAGCCCCAUCAGCAACUUUGGAUGUGAACGAGGAAAAUGGGGCACAGUUUGGAGGAGCUGCAGCAGCCCCAUCAGCAACUUUGGAUGUGAACGAGGAAAAUGGGGCACAGGUUGAAGGAGCUGCUGGAGGCUCAUUGGCGAAUAUGGCAGAGUGGCCACCAGUAUCUGAUACAAAACCGCCAUAUAGGAAACAUAACAGGGACAGGAGGAGAUAUCCAUGAAAGUUACCCCUCCACCACCACCACCACCACUCCACCUCCACCUCCACCACCUUAACACAAUAAAGAACUUCUAGUUUCAAUUUCUUUUUACAGAGUUUAGGAGUUGAAGGAUGGGAUCAAGCGGUGUUAAUUGAAUGAAGUAUCAAAUAUGUGCAGCCACAGUCCUUUGUUUUUAUGCCUAAUCUCUCCCUCUUUUCUGAGCUAUUGUGUGCUAAAUAUAAGGUAUUUAGUUAGCCACUAAAACUUCUCAUCAAAAGCUGGAAUAGCUCAGUUGGCUAGAGCGUGUGGCUGUUAACCACAAGGUCGAAGGUUCAAGCCCUUCUUCUAGCGAAG